AUGAAGACUGCUUCAUUUUCUGUCCUCGCUGCGCUUGCAGCAAUAGUUGCCAGCAACGACUUGCCUCCGGUCACAACAGAGGCAUUGCAGGCCCUUAUCGCUCUUGAUGAGCUUUUGAGUGCCGCAAACCAGCUCCAGGCGUUUGCUGAUGCACAUCCCGGAGGCAACAGGGUCUUUGGUAGCCCUGGCCACAAUGACACUGUCAAUUUCUUGUACGAGACACUUGCAGCAACUGACUAUUACGAUGUCGAGUUCCAGGAAUUUGUUGAACUCUUCUCAGGUGGCAGUGCUUCCCUGACAACGAAUGGUGAAGAACAAGAGGCGAGCCUGAUGACAUAUACUCCGAGCGGUUCGGCCAAUGCAUCACUCGUGGCGGUCCCAAACCUGGGCUGCUUGCCCGAAGAUUUCCCUCUCGAGGCUGCAGAAGCCGUAGUUCUCAUUUCUCGCGGGGAAUGCCCCUUUGCGGAAAAAGCUACCAAUGCGCUGAGUGCAGGCGCAGUCGGUGCAGUCGUUUAUAACAAUGUCGAGGGUCCCUUGGCUGGGACACUUGGAGGCGUUGGGGACUACACUCCCGUUGUUGGUAUCACACAAGCUGCUGGAGAAGCUCUACUGGCUUUGCUCGAAGCAGGUGAAGAAGUCACGGUUGAACUUGAAGUCGACGCCAUCCUCGAGAACCGGACUACAUACAACGUGAUCGCUGAAACCAAAGGAGGUGAUCACGAAAAUGUCAUUGCACUUGGAGCUCAUACCGACUCUGUGGAGCAAGGCCCAGGGAUCAACGACGACGGCUCCGGAACAAUUGGUAUCCUCAAUGUUGCCAUUGCACUCUCGAACUUUACAGUCACCAAUGCCGUUCGGUUUCUCUUCUGGAGCGCUGAAGAGUUUGGCCUGCUAGGCUCCAACCAUUAUGUCAGCCAGCUGAAUCAGACUGCGAGCGAGAUAGCAAAGAUUCGGGCAUACUUAAAUUUCGACAUGAUCGCCUCGCCAAACUAUGUGUACGCGAUUUAUGAUGGAGAUGGCAGCAGCUUUAAUUUGACUGGGCCACCAGGGUCAGCAGAAAUCGAAGCCGAUUUCCAAGGAUUCUACAUCGCUAAAGGGGUCAAGUAUACAUCAACGGCGUUUGAUGGCCGCUCAGACUACGGUGCAUUCCUAGAAAACAACAUUCCCGCCGGAGGCCUCUUCACCGGCGCUGAGGAGGUCAAGACAGAGGAGGAGGCUCUAGCAUUUGGAGGUACUGCGGGGAUGGCGUACGAUGAGAAUUAUCAUCAAGCUCGGGACACGAUCGAAAAUCUAGCCCAUGACGCGUUUUUACUCAACACCCAAAGCAUAGCUAACUCGAUUGCUUUAUAUGCUAGUGGCGGUGGACUGGAUAGGAUACCCCGAGCCACUCCUCCAACCAUCAAAAGACAUUGGCAACCGUCCGCCAGAAAGACUAAGCGAGAACUAGCACAUGCAGGACAUUCUCACUGCAACUCGAAGGAUAUACCAGCCAUCUGA